UAUUUCCACUGGCUAAUGUUUUUCCAGGACCCUGUCGACUAUGCCAAUAUUAUAAAAAGUACAUAUGAAAUAUGUCAAAACUUAAACGAUUCAUCAAUUGCUGAACUGACCAACCAGUACAAUAGUUCUCUAUCCAGCGAAAAAAAAGAAUUAUUUACUCAUUACGCUGAUGUUGAAUAUUUAGCAUGUGUCAUGAAAAAUCAGAAACUGUUCACGCUUCAGGAUUUAAAAGUUCUCGUGGAUUUAAUUGUUAAAUGUUCCGAUUUGAUGGACUCUAAUUCAACGAUAGUAAAGGAUUCAGAUGAAUGGCUGCUUGGUCGCAAUACAUGUAUUCUCAAAGGUUUCAAAUCUAUAAAAUCAGACAACUCAAUAGACAAGGAAGUUCUCAAAAAAUACCUGGCAGUUUACUAAGUACGGACAGAAAAACUUACUGAUGUUGAAAAUGCUUACAAAUUUAUUGAUAUUUGCGGUAAC